AUGAGUGUUAGUUAGAUUAAGUUUUUUUAAAUUAAUUUUUUAAUAUACAAUUUCAAAAAUUGCUGUUCAAUACUUAAAAAAAAAUAAAUGAUAUAACAGAAAAUAUUUUUCGACGAUCUAGAAAAAUUUUUAAACUCUUCAAUUUAAUCUCAUUAGAUCCUCCAUAUUGAUAUUUAGAAGAAGGGAAAUUAAAUUGGUGCAAUUGGUGCAUCUGACUUAGGCUCAGGUUUAGGAAAGUGCACUAAUCUAACAUAUUUGUAACUUGAAUUUGGUGGUAAUUAUAUUGGUGACUAAGGUGUAUCAAGCUUAGGUUUUGGUUUAGAAAAGUGUACUAAUCUCUAAAAUUUGACACUUUGUCUUUAUUAUAAUUAAAUUGGCCCAAUUGGUGCAGCAGGAUUAGGUUGUGGUUUAGGAAAGUGCAGUAAUCUCUAAAAUUUGACACUAGAUCUAAAUUACAACUUAAUAAGUAGCGAAGGUGCAUCAGGCUUAGGUUCUGGCAUAGGAGAGUGUUCUAAUCUCUUAAAUUUGGCUCUUUAUCUUUAUGGUAAUAAAAUUGGUGCAACUGGUUCAUCAGGCUUAGCUUUUGGUAUAGGAAAGUGCACUAAUCUAUAAAAUUUGAACCUUAAUUAUGGUGAGAAUAAAAUUGGUGAUGAAGGUACAUAAGGUUUAUGUUCUGCUUUAGAAAAAUGCACUAAUCUCUCAAAUUUGAAACUUAAUCUUCUCUUUUUUUUGAUUUAUUUUUAUUUUGUUUUUAUCCCACUUGUGUUUUUCUUUUUUAAUUUAAAUCAUUUUUUCAUUUUCAAAUUUUGCUUCUCAUAUUAAUUGAUUAACUUAUUUAUUAAAAUUUCAUUUUUUUCUUCUUUUUUUCAUUCUAACAAACUAAGUAACUAAUUAAUUAACUCUUUAUUUUUUCUUCUAUAUUUAAAAAGUUGGAAUCAAAUUGGUGGAUCAGUCAUAGGUUCUUGUUUAGGAUAGUGCCCUAAUCUAUCGAAUUUGACACUUGAUUUUAGUUACAAUUAAAUUGGUGAUGAAGGUGCAUCAGGUUUAGGCCAUGGUUUAAGAAAUUGCACUAAUCUGUCAAAUUUGAUACUUAAUCUUUGGUAAAAACAGUUUAUUUGUUUUUGA